AUGUCCAGAACUGUCCUCAAGUGCCUUGCUACUCAGUGGGAGACGCCCAUCCAGGCGCCUGCCAGCAAUGACUACUUCUCUGCAGAAAAGACAGCCGCGCUGGGCCUCAAGCUGGCCACGCUCAGCCUGCUGCUGUGCGUGAGCCUGGCGGGCAACGUGCUGUUCGCGCUGCUGAUCGUGCGGGAGCGCAGCCUGCACCGCGCCCCGUACUACCUGCUGCUCGACCUGUGCCUGGCCGACGGGCUGCGCGCGCUCGCCUGCCUCCCGGCCGUCAUGCUGGCGGCGCGCCGGGCCGCGGCCGCCGCGGGGGCGCCGCCGGGCGCGCUGGGCUGCAAGCUGCUCGCCUUCCUGGCCGCGCUCUUCUGCUUCCACGCCGCCUUCCUGCUGCUCGGCGUGGGCGUCACCCGCUACCUGGCCAUCGCGCACCACCGCUUCUACGCCGAGCGCCUGGCCGGCUGGCCGUGCGCCGCCAUGCUGGUGUGCGCCGCCUGGGCGCUGGCGCUGGCCGCGGCCUUCCCGCCCGUGCUGGACGGUGGCGGCGGAGGCGACGACGAGGACGCGCCGUGCGCCCUGGAGCAGCGGCCCGACGGCGCCCCCGGCGCGCUCGGCUUCCUGCUGCUGCUGGCCGUGGUGGUGGGCGCCACGCACCUCGUCUACCUCCGCCUGCUCUUCUUCAUCCAUGACCGCCGCAAGAUGCGGCCCGCGCGCCUCGUGCCCGCCGUCAGCCACGACUGGACCUUCCACGGGCCCGGGGCUACCGGCCAGGCGGCCGCCAACUGGACGGCGGGCUUCGGCCGCGGGCCCACGCCGCCCGCGCUCGUGGGCAUCCGGGCGGCGGGGCCGGCCCGCGGCGCGCGCCGCCUCCUCGUGCUGGAGGAGUUCAAGACGGAGAAGAGGCUGUGCCGGAUGUUCUACGCCGUCACGCUGCUCUUCCUGCUGCUCUGGGGGCCCUACGUGGUGGCCAGUUACCUGCGGGUGCUGGUGCGGCCGGGCGCCGUGCCACAGGCCUACCUAACGGCCUCAGUGUGGCUGACGUUUGCGCAGGCCGGCAUCAACCCCGUCGUGUGCUUCUUGUUCAACAGGGAGCUCCGGGACUGCUUCAGGGCCCAGUUCCCCUGCUGCCAGAGCCCCCAGGCCGCACAGGCCGCGCUCCCCUGCGACUUGAAGGGCGUGGGACUGUGAGCUCUCCUGGGGCUGCCUUGCCCUCCGCCUUGGACCGCGCAUCUGUCCCCUCGGGCAGUGUCCGAGCUGCCUUCUGGAUAACUCUGAAGUGGACCAACACCGGAACUGUGUAGAGCUGCCGUUCUUGGGGGGGGGGGGGGGUGAUGGCCGGGCGGGGUAUAGGGGCGAGUGGAAGGAAGGUUCUGUGUUCCAGCCUGCCCCAGCCCCCGCAGACCUUCUCCGCCCCAGAAAGGCCCUGCGGUGACUUCGUCCUGGCCCUGGGGUCACUUGCUCCAUGCCUGGUUACUUUCUCCUUUCUUGUAAAUGGAGGCCAAAGUGAUCGUCUUCCUGCGACGUUUCUUCCAAGGAGCUGCCUUGGACGCCCUCAGGUGGCACUGCGUUUUGCCAUGGACACGAGGAACCUGGGUGGGUGGGUGGGGGGCGGGGGUUGCACGGUUACAUCUCUUGGGAAUCUGCCGUUGGAAACAGGGGACCGCGGGAAGCUGUCUCACCCGCCUCCUGUGUGGCCCGCGACAGCGUGGUGGCACGGGGUUGGGCCAUCGCGUCUGGUGUUUGCUGUUGAAUUUGAGGGGCAGACGUGGGAGUCGGUGGGGGAGGCAGUCGUUUUGCACGCAGUAACCAAGUCACGAGUCACAUUUGGUUCCUAGUUGACGCUACUGCACACCGUGGGGCAGCUGCUCUCUGUAUUAUAUCCGUCUCGAACGGAAGCAUCUCUGUGCAAUUGUGACUUCUGAAGGAGUGGAAAGUGUCUUGGUCAGUGGUGGUGUGGAGAAAGUACAGUACUGCAUGCGUCCUGUGUGUUCCUGGUGGCUGGGCUCGGCCUGGGACAGGGAGGGCUCUGGGAACACAGUGCCAAGUUGAGGUUGUUUAGGUACCUUUUUUUUUUUUUUUUUUUUUUUUGCCAAAUAAAAAAGUUAGUCAUUCUAUGGAAACGGCUUGUGGUUUGAGAAGCCCGGUUUUAUUCUGUCUUAUGAAAUGCAUUCCCACUUUGAAAAGUGUUCUUCUGUGGUUCAUGGUAUAAAUGAAUGGAAUGGAAGGGUACCCUCCUGCUGGGAGACCAAGCAUUUCCUUCAAGUGUUUGCUAGGUUAGGCUGUGCUGUUUGUUCUACUGAUGGUUGUUUUAAAAUUAAUCAUGGGAGCUGUCAUUUUUAAAUAAUGUCUCUUUGCUAGACACCGUAAUCUUAAACUGGAAGACUGCAAGUACUAUAUGAUAUUUUUUGCUUAUAAUGCUACAUUUUUAUUAAUGUACCUUCCGUUUUGAGGAUUUAUAUCUGUAUUUCUCUUUGCAUUAUACAAAUAUACCAGUAUUUUCACUCUGGA